AAGGCGUGCUCGGUGGAAGGUUGUGAGAAGAGUGCUCAGCGCAAGGGACUGUGUUAUGCUCAUGGUGGCAAACCGUCCGAGGCCAAGCGGUGCACCGUGCCCGGCUGUUUGAUGGUCGCGCGGACGAGGAAUUUGUGCAGAGCGCAUGGCGGAGGCGCUCCUCAGUGUGAAGUGGAAGGCUGCGAGAAGGUGGCAGAGCCGGGAGGUCGCUGCGGAGCCCAUGGCGGAGGCAAGCGGUGCAAGGAGGAGGGCUGCACCAAGAGAAGGAUGACGAAAGGGCUGUGCUGGGAUCAUGGCGGUGGCAAGAGGUGCAAGCUGGAGUGGUGCGAUAGUCGAGCGGACAGGAGUGGGUUUUGCAGCGCUCAUUUGGCGGAGAAGCGGGGUGUGGAGGCGCCUAGGAAUGCGUCUGAUGACAAUUGGGGCAUUGAUAGCGACGGCGACGAGAUG